AUGGAAAAAGGCUACCAGAGUUCACGAAUGCCGGCCUCAUCGCCGCCGGUGUCCACUGCCAGCACCGGUGGCUCGUCUCAGACGGCCUCCAACGGCUCAGCCUCGGCCAGCAGCUCCGGGUCGGCCAACUCGGCCGUAGGUGUCACUGGGAACGGGGGUCUGGCCAACAACGCGGGCAACGGCGCCCCCAACGGGAACUCCACAUCGCUGGCCGAACAGCUGAGCAAAACUAAUCUCUACAUCCGGGGCCUCACGCCCACCACCACCGAUAAGGACUUAUACGCCCUGUGCUCGCCUUACGGGACUAUAAUAUCGACGAAAGCCAUUCUCGACAAAAACACCAAUAAGUGUAAAGGUUUGUGUCAUUUAGACUCAUAAUUU